AUUCCUGGCACAGUGGUCGCAAGUGGUUGCAUAGUGGUCGUUUCUAACUCCAAUCUGACUGAUUUAACCCCUGGCACUGUCCCGGUGUCCUUGAAUGAGCUCAAGAGCUUAUGAUAGGCUUAUAUGCUACUUCAACGUGAAGCUGACGCAAAACAAAACGCUGCUGAUGACCAAGUUACACGGUUAUCUGGGACCAAUAAUGCUUGUGUAUGUUUAUAUGAUGUUGCAGUGUCCCUAGGCUUUCCCUCGCGACGGAUCGGGUGAAUGGGGCUAGCGCGGUUUCGGGCGAAAUGCUGGCCAGCACCUCGCGCAGAAUAGUCCCGCGCCAAUUCAUUUGCAUAGAAUAAGACCCAUAGAAGCUAACGACGAUACGUAAGAGUCAAGGAAACCGUGAAACCUCGCACAAUAUUUUAGCGUUCGUGCUGCGAACCGCGUCGUCCUGGCGUGACCACAGCCAUGUUGGAGCCUGUGGAUGCCAGUCGAGAGGAGCCUAAACGCAGCAAAGGGCUUUUGCAGGGCUUGAGGCGUCUCUUGAAGACAGCCCGGUCUGGAGCGAGCGACCUCUCUCGCCAGUCGCAGACAACUUUAGAAGCUUCAGGUGAUGGAGUUUCAACAGGAACGAGUACAGGGGCGCAGCCUUUCGUGGAUGGCGCGUGGGAAGGCUCUCCAGCACCCGUGGCAAAGCAACGCAGGCCGCCUCGGCACGCAGCAUCUAUGCCUCAGCUUCUACCAAACAUGGCAGCCGCAGCUGCGGGUGAAGGGCCGGGCUCGUUCGCGCUCCCAUCUCCUUCGCCAGCCGGCGCUCGCGGCGCUGCGGCCGCAAACACCGGCCGACGAGUCGCUCCAGCUCCCUCAUCAUCCAUGGCAUCAGCAGCGAUGGCAGCUAAUCAAAUGAAGCUGCCGCCGAUUGACGCUUGGAGUCUUAGUCAGAGCGCGGUCGCGUCAGUCGACCCCAACUCCAACGGAGUGGAAGGGACGUCUUCGCCCCAGGGCGCUGGCGACGCUGGCACCGUCGGCACCGGGCCCGCCUCCCCCGUCGCAGGCGGCAGCGGAGCUGCCAGUGCCGGUGGUGCCGGCGGGGCCGUCGGCGCGAUCAGUGGCGCCACCCGCCGCUUCCUCACCAAGCGCUUCAGCAACCUGUCGUUUGGCUCCGGCCCCUCCUCUUCCGCACAGGCGCAGGUUGCAGCCGCCGCAUUGCCCUCCUUUACAAAAGGCGGCGGCGGCGGCGGCGUACACCACCACCCGCCCUCCUACGGCACGCUUUCCGGCGCUUCCCCCGGCGCCGCUGGCACCCCCGGCGGCACAGUCUCGGCCCCCGGCCGCGGCGGCCCCUACAACCUCGCCAUUUACGACGUCUCCGAGCCGCUGGGCAGGGCAGCCAUUCCCUCGCCUUCGGCGGGCGGCCGCGGCCUCAACCACGCCGUCAGCAGCAACCUGACGCCCGUGAACGCGUCCGCGCUCGCGCACACGCACUCGGGCGGCCUUGGCGGAGGCGGCGGAGGCGGCACCGGCCCCAAUAGCCUCACUAGCGUCGGCGCCGGCGGCUUGGGAGCCAGCAGCUAUGGCCUCGCCAGUCCCUCUGUGGCAAACACGGCGGUUUCCGUGCCGCUGCCCACCCUGCGCAUGGCGGUCAACGCCUCAGCCGGCGUGGCCGCGGCGGCGGCGGCCCUCGGCGGCUCUGGUGGCGUGGCCGCGGCGGCGACGGAGGGCAUCGGUGUUUGCGACGGCGGCGGCGGCAGCGGUGCUGGGGUUUCGCUGUCGCCCGCGGGCAGCACCACCGCUUUUCCCACGCUGGCCUCACAGGGCCACCCGCAACAACAGCAGCAGCAGCAGCAGCAGGCAACAAUGGCGCAUCUGUCGCCCAUGCCCAAGCCUGCCCGCCGCGCCGCCAGUACCUCAGUUGUCCCGAUGGAACCCGUGUCCCCGCCGCCGCCGCUGGCGCCCACGCCGCCGCCCAUGCCAGCAGCCAUUGCCGCCGCGGCGGCGGCGGCGGCUGCCGCGGCCGCCGCCGGCAAGACUGGUUCCAGCACGCUGCUGGCCAUCUGUCCGGGCGUGCCCGAGGGCAUGCGGCGGCCGGUGUGGUGCCUGGCGGACUACGCCAUUGGCGCCAGGCUGUACAAGGGCGAGGUGUCCUCGGUGUACAAGGCCCAGUGCCUGAGCUCGGGUCACAAGGUGAUCCUCAAAGUGUACAGCUUGAAUCGGGUGGCGGACAAUGCCGUACACACGCUGGUGCGGGAAAUCCGGAUCCAUUCCGAUCUGAGCCACUCCAACGUGCUCAUGAUGUACGGCGUGUUUGAGGAGGAGGACCGGCUGGUGCUGGUGCUGGAGCGGGCGGCGCGCGGGGACCUGUUCAAGGUGCACCGGGCGCUGCCAGGGUGCCGCAUGAACGAGGAGCAGCUGCGUGUGCUGGUGCUGGCGCCGCUGCUGGACGCGCUGGUCUACCUGCACGGCCGCGGCAUCGUGCACCGGGACAUCAAGCCCGAGAACCUGCUGCUGACCACCAACUGGCAGCUGCGAGUGGCGGACUUCGGAGCCGCCAUCAACAUCGCGCAUGAGCGGGCCGUCACCCGCACCGGCACCAUGGAUUACAUGGCGCCGGAGGUGGAGCGCUGCCCCAUCAAGGAACUGCCCGAGGACAACAAAAACAACAUGGACCUAGCCUACACCACCGCGGCGGACGUUUGGUCGGUCGGCGUGUUGGCCUACGAGAUGCUGGUCGGCUUCCCGCCCUUUGUUUCCGCCCAGCCCGGAGCCGGCGACAUCUACACCAGCGGCGACAACUUGCAACAAUUUGUCUCCUCGCUCGCCAACGACAACGCGGCAAUGAACCCUCGCGAGCUUCGCUUCCCGCCCUUCGUCACGGCGGGCGCUCAGGACUUCAUCGCGGCCGCGCUCGCCGACCGGCCGGGCGACCGGCCGACAGCAUUGCAGCUGCUGCGGCAUCCCUGGCUUAAGCACUCACUGCGCCAGGCUCAGUUCCGGCAGCAGAAGGGCGCGGGGACCGAGGCGGCGGAGGCUCAGGAGCGGCGGGCGCGCGGCACUGACGCCCUCGGUGCGGCCGCGGCCGCGCUCUUGAACGCCGGCGUCCACACGGGCGCGGCGGGCGCUGCAAACGCGACGAACCGUCAUGCGUACAGCGGCGCAGCGGCCGUGGGCGGCUCUGCGGCAGCCACGAGGGCUCAGCUCACGCGCCAGGGUGUGGCGCCUCCCGGCAGCCUUUCCCAUCUGGGCGCCAUUGGCGAGUUGGAGCCGCCCUCGCGCGCCGACACCUAGGGAGCUAGCUAGGGUGGCUAGGGCGGCGGCGGCUAGGGCGGAGACACCAAGCGUGCCGACAGCGAGGCCGGCUGCGGCUGCUGCGCGGCGGCGGCGGCGGCAGGAGCCCAGCGCAAGGGGCGGGGGCGGUCUUUGGUUGCACGACCUGCCCUAGCGGCCGCUUGCAGUGCAGAGCGCUGGCCGCUAGCAGUGCAGUGCAGUGCAGCCGAGUCGUCCGGUGCAGCUCAGGAGUCUGCAGGCCGUGCACGCAGUGAGAGGCCGUGCAGGCAAGUGGGGGAGGGGCCACGCAGGCAGUGGAGAAGGCGAGGGGACAGCGGUUUCCUACCGGCGCCCAUGGCUCGUGAUAACACAUGACCGAGCCCGCCUGAGGGUGGCGGCUUCUCGUUGUGAGAACGCUGCGGAAACGCUGCUAGCCGUGUAGGAGCAGGUCCCAAGUCAUCGGUCGUUGCCGCGGCCAUGUUUGCCAGAGCAGCCCGACGCAGGCGCGGCAGGAGGGAGCAGCAGCAGUGGCACCUACGCCGGCGCGACGUGGCGCCAGCAUUGCAUCACCAGUAGUAUCAGUGGCGGCUGGCACGGCGCGGGCGCGGGCACCGGCGCGGCCGCGGGGGUGCGGCGGCAUGCAUCAGCACACGCGUAGGGGGCAGGCUUGUACGGGGCAGGCACGUACGGUGGCACGGCGGGCUGCAUGGCUGCAGAAUUGACAACAAGGCGACGCGAAACACAGCGGUGACCGCGGAGGGGCGGCUCACGUGCGUGCUCAGUCAGUUAGCGGCGAGCCCGGCCGCUUCGUAAAAAGGGGCGGCAGCAUGGGCCGGGUGGAUACGCAUGGUAAGAAUGCGAAUGCGAGAUAUGAGCAAUGGCUCAUGGAAGCAUGCAGGGGAUAGGCUGCACGAGCAUUUUACAAAUCGCGGGUGCGCGGUGCAUGGGUGCAUGGCGAGAAAGGUCCGGGCACGUGCACACAUUGCAGAUUGGGUUUCAGGGGCGAUAGGGUUUUUCUGUGGGGCGACUGUAUGGGACUCAGCACCUGAGCAAGUAUGCUGAUGAAUUGAUAACUUUGUCUGGAAGGUGGAAAGAAAGAAGGGUUAUGUGCGUCUCUAGUGUCUGGCGCGUGCUGCAUGUGUUGUUCAGCUCUUUGCAUCGUAUCUUAGGGAUGCGCGGCGGGGGCUUCAUAAACAAGCGGUUAUGCGUUUAAUUGCGUUCCCCGACGUAGUGCGGUCCGGGCUGGGAUCACAAGAGAGUCAGGGAUUGGGGGCCGCAGGGCAUUACUGGGUUUGUUGGUCGCGACCACGCAGUAAAUACCUACCUAGAAAGGCGUCGGUGUGGAAAACACCGGGAGACAGGUAGAACGCGCCUGGGGCGCAACGCCUUUGUUGUUCAAGCUAUUGCCCUGACCGCGGGUGCUUAAUUAUGUGGUGCAUCGUUAAAGGUGCGUACGAGUUCUAAUGACGUAUCAGCGCUUGCUACUGAAGGGCAUUGAAUAUAUUUUAAUGCACGAGGUAACGAUGUGGGUGUUCACAGGCCCGGCUAGCGGGAAUGUUGUGCGCAGUUGCUAGUCGGGUUGGAAAUGUGUUUGGGGUGUUUGCUGGUUUCUGAGGAAACCGGUAUCGUAGUGACUUGGGUGCAGGCACACUCGCGUGCACGGUGCAUUAAUGUAGGCUGCUGCCACCGCUGGUUUGUGCAGCGUGCGUGCGGGCGGGCAGCAGCCUUGAUGUUUGUUCAUAAGGAGAGACGCAGGCUCUGCAACUCUGCCUCUUCAGAGUCCGCGUAGGCCGUGCGAGGGGCCGAGGUCCAGCCCCCGGGGAAUACGGGGCGCUGUUUCCAGUAUUCUUAUGCAGUCGUCCUGGUGGUGACGUCAUCUUAGCACAGGCUUCACUUUUUGAAUACAAGAUUAUUAUGAACUGACAUCGAGAGGACGUGACUGCGUGGCGAUCAUGGGUGGUCUGGGCCGCGUGCUAAGGCCGGUAUCAAGUGGCGGAUGUUGCUUGAGCGGUGGGAGGUUGUUUCAAGGGAGAGCGCAUCAGUUCAAUGUCGUCUCAGGCACCGCAGAGGAGUAUGGAUGAGGCGUUUGACCACACGCAGAUGAUCAACCACAUAUGCGUAGAGGCAUGCGUUCGGGAUGUGGACGAGGGAAGGCAAGGGACGCGGGGGCACAAACAAGGCUUUGGUAUUCAUUCGCCCUUUCGGCGAGGAGUGCUUGAGGCAAUUGAGGCUGGCGGUGCAUGCGGAUGCUGUCACAUGCGGUUUAUGCCCGUGGCAUGAUUGUCGUUGUGCGUGGUGCACGGCCGUUUGGAGCCAGGGGCCAGGGCCCAGGCUGUUUGUCUGGCUGUUGGUACGAAGCUGUAUCCUUCCCCGUUUCAGUCUGGUGGUCGCCCCAACCUGAUUUUGAGUUCGGCCUUAGACAAGAGGGGCACCCUUGGCCUGGGACGAUAUCAUCCUGUACAACAAUGCGACUUGGUGAUUCACUUGGUUUCCAACUCGAGUCAAUUCGAGUCGUGCCAGUUUCCUACCCGUGUCGUGCCGCUAUGCCCUGCAAGUGGCAGCACUCCCGGUGGCCUGUCCGCCUGUCCCGGUGGUUACCGGUUACGCAUUCAUGUAAGGGGGUGCCGUG